AUGCAAGGAUUAGUAGAUUAUGAUUCUGAAUCAAGUGAUGAAUAUUUACGCACACCAGCUUCUUUAAAACGCUCUAACUCGGAAGACACAUCACCUCGCAAGCGGCAAGUUAUGCCACCCUUGCCAGAUUUUUUCAAAUCAGUCAAAACAAAAAUAUCCAAGGAAUCUUCAGCACAGCUAGAUGCUCCGUCUAUAAAGCCUUUUAGAGAAGACAGCUGGGCAACACAUGUGUUUAUUAAAGUUGAUAUUGGUAAAGAAAUGCAAAACAUACUUCGAGUUCUAUUGGAUCAGAACAAGGCAGACAUUGAAGAGUCUGACAGAAUAAUCUCUGUUCCUGAUCAGGGGAAGCCACUCCAUAUUAGCUUGAGUCGCUGUGUAGUAUUAAGAACACAUCAGUUGCAUACAUUUGAAUCAAGCAUCAGAAAGCAUUUAAAGGAUGUACAAAAAUUUUUCAUAUCUUUUGCCAAUCUUUCAAUAUUAACAAACGAUACUGGGAAAGCAUCAUUUCUAACAGCUGAAGUAGGAGCUGGGUACAAUGAGCUAUUAAAAUGUCUUUCGGCUGUAGACAAAAUAGUUGAACGUUUCAAGCACCCUGUUUUUUACCAGGCAGGUCCACCUCGAUUUCAUGCGAGUCUUGUACGCGCGAACACUUCUGAUCUUUUACAAAAAGCAUUAAAAGAAAUCCCGGAAGACUUGGUUGAGGAUUUGCGUCCAGUUAGCACCAGCGUCACGAAAAUUUAUAUCAAUAUGGGAAAUAAUAUUGAAAAAGAGAUCAUUUUGAAAACUUGA